ACUUCAUACUGUCACUCUGGGAGACUGAAGGCAUCCACGACUUGAUAAAAGAAAGGGAGGCAAUACAGAACUGUCGCACUUGCAGGCGGAAGUGGAACUGGCGGAGAGAAGACCACGGGGCUGCGGGUUGCUACUAAAGCACGGUGGUGCGGCAGGCUUUGACCAAGGUCUUCGGUUUUUCCGAAGGACGGCUGGGCCGCGAUGACCAAAUACAGUAAAGAGCUCCGGCUUCUUCACCACGUCGAAAAGGGGAGCCUUCAGGGCGCCAUUGAAAUGCUCAAAGCCGGCGCGAAUGCCGAUGGUACUAGCGAGGCAGCUACUUCCCCCCUUUUUCUUGCCGCCAACAGAGGUCGAAUAGACAUCCUUAAACUUCUCAUCGACAAUGGCGCAGAUCUCGACGGAACUUCUUCCCUGGACAAGUUUGCGGAUGGCUUCACCGGUAACUUACCGUUCGAGGGGGGCACCACACCGUUGCACGGUGCAUUAGCAGGCGAAAACCUCGACGCCCUCCGGCUUCUUCUGCUCGCUGGCGCCGACCCCAACCUCGCCGACGGCAAGGGCUGCACUCCCCUCAUGAUGACGUGUCUGAAAUAUUUCCGCGCGAAAAAUUACGUUUUGACGGCGGUGCGAGAAUUGUUCGACGCAGGCGCUGAUCCGAGGGUAGCGGACCUGAAAGGGGAGACUGCGUUGCAUGUCGCGGCGACCUUCAAUGCACCCGACUUGCUGGGACUGCUCCUGUCACGGGCACCUUCGACGGUGAACUUGCCGAACAAGAAGGGCGUAACCGCGCUCUGCUAUGCUGCAUCCGAGGGGAUGGAGGUCGCCGUGUCGUGUUUGCUGUCUGCAGGGGCGCGUGACAACCCCUCUCUGUUCGCCAACGGAAUCGGCUCGCUUCUGAUUGCCGUGGAAUUGGGCCACGAGCAGGUUGUCCGCGUCCUGCUUGACCGAGGAGUACAGGCGGUCGGAGGCGAGCUCGCGAUGUCUUACGCGUUAAGGCGCUCGAUUCUGAAGCGCUUCCCGAGAAUCCUCCAGAUGCUUCUUGACGUUGAGGGAGAACAGAAGCGGGUGAAGUGGGCCAGACUCCGACACACGGACGGCACCCCCGCGCUUCAUCUCGCCGCUGCCUGCGAGUCUCUCGUUGCGGCAAGCAUUCUCCUCCAAGCAGGCGCAGACGAAGGCACAGCCAACGGACUUGACAAGGGCGCAAGCUGCUGUGUUGGAGCAGCCCUACCGGCCAAUAAGAAGAACCCAGAUACUUCGGCAGCCGUGUGUCGGCUGCUUGAGCGAGGGCCGGCGUUCCGGGCACGGUCGUGGGCGUGGGCAGCCGAGUCUUCUGAAGCUCCCGCUGCUUCGGGGACGGUUUGUUCCAUGAAAGGAGGAAGGGCCACGUUAGAUGUCCGCAUCUUCCGACCCACGGGCAACCAGUUCUUCUCGGCGCGCUUUUCAAGGUACUGCAAGAAGAGAUAG